AUGACCGUAGACAUGCUUAUGGGUAUACCAAAUUGCUUUGUUAGAAGCGUGUUAUUGAUGAAUGAUGGUGAUGAUGGUAAUACAUAUGAUGUGACAAAGAUGAUAAAAAUGAAUAAAGAAAAAAUUAUUAAAGAUUUCUUAGGAAAUGAAUUAUUUGCACAUGUCAUGGUUAUUGGAUUGGAUGGUAAAGUUUUGGCAUACAAUAAAUCACCUCUACAAGGUGAAAUUGAACAAUUGCUAAACGGUCUAAAGAAACCAAAGAAUCAAUCAUCAAUCAAAUUAAUUGGUGAGAAAUAUGAUAUUUGCAUCAGAGAGAAUACUAAGAUCUAUGCCCAUGGUGACACCAAGAGUUGUAUCAUCGCUCGUUCAAAGAAAGCAUACAUCAUCGGUAUUUUCCCAAAGAGAUUGGAACUUUGUCCAAGAGUCAACUACCUCGAACAAUACUGUGAAACUUUUGAUAAGCAAGAAUAUGUUAUGGAUACCUCCUUCAAGAUUGUCAUGUAA